AUGCGUUACAUUACAUGUAUAUACAUUUUAUUAAUUAUAUCCGGAGCUUCUUUAGAAACGUAUAGUUUCAUCGAUUAUUGGACGAACUUAUUUCGACCAUUGCCUCGAAAUAUUAAAGAAGGAUUUGUACCAGACUACACUCCAAAAAAUGGUCAAGAGUAUGACUUCAUCAUAGUUGGAGCCGGAUCGGCGGGAUGCGUUUUAGCUAAUAGGCUUUCAGAAAUAUCUCAAUGGAAAGUAUUGCUCCUGGAAGCGGGAGGUAAUGAAAAUUUUUUCUCAGACAUACCAAUAUUUGCUCCAUUUCUUUCAAUAACUCCAAUGAAUUGGGGGUAUACUGCAGAGCCCGAACAAAAAGCAUGCAGAGAUCUUAGAGGAAACGUUUGCUACAUGCCGCGUGGCAAAGUACUUGGAGGAAGCAGCGUCCUCAACUUUUUAAUAUACCAACGUGGCCAUCCUGAAGAUUACAACGAUUGGGUCCGAAUGGGUAAUGAAGGUUGGAGUUACAAUGAAAUCCUUCCUUAUUUUAAAAAAUCUGAAAAUAUACAUAUAAAAGAGUUACGUAAUUCAACCUUCCACGGUGUAGGAGGUUAUUUAGAUAUUGACUAUGCAACUUUUGGUACACCGUUAAACGAAGCAUUUAAAAGGGCUAGUGAAGAACUCGGCUACGAAUGGAAUGAUCCAAAUGGAGAAAACGUAAUUGGGUUCUCAAAACCCCAAGCGACUAUUAGAAACGGCCGACGGUGUAGCACAUCUAAAGCUUUUUUGGAGCCUGUAAGAACGAGACGAAAUUUAAAAGUGUCUAAAUAUUCGAUAGUAACAAAAAUUCUCAUUGAUCCUGUCACAAAAAUUGCUAAUGGAGUAGAAUUCGUGAAAUAUAAUAAAAGGAGAAGGAUAUUCGCUCGUCGAGAGAUUAUCUUAGCAGCAGGCACAAUCGGUUCUGCGCAAUUGCUGAUGCUGUCGGGUGUGGGACCAGCAGAACACCUUCAAGAACUGGGUAUCAACACUCUAGUCGAUUUGCCAGUGGGAUAUAACUUACAGGACCACAUCACCUUUUCUGGAAAUGCAUUCAUUGUUAAUAGUACUGGACUCUGUGUAAACGAUAUUAUGGCUGCAUCACCGACGGCCGCAGCAUCUUACAUGUUGGGUUAUGGACCUUUAACUAUUCCCGGUGGUGCGUCGGGUCUCGCCUUCAUACAGACCAAGUUCGGACGAGAUUUGGCCGAAGGACGCCCUGAUAUUGAGUUAGUGAUGGGCGCUGGAUCGCUGGCUGGAGAUCUGUUUGGUAUUAUACGCUCUAUGCUAGGAGUAACAGAUGAAUGGUACAGAGAAGUAUAUGGAUCAUUACCAUUGAAAGAUCGUCAAAAUUCUUUCGCAUUAAAUCCCGUACUGAUACGACCCAGAAGCGUAGGACGCCUCACACUACGCUCUAGUAACUUUAGCGAUCAACCUAGAAUACAACCAAAUUAUUUCAACCAUCCAGAAGAUUUGCAAACUCUGAAGGAAGGAGUCCGAUUUGCACAAAAAAUAAUAAAAACAAGAGCAUUUCAACGCUAUGGCACCAAAUUACACGACAAGCCAUUCCCCAAAUGUGAGAACCUUCCCUUCGACUCGGAAGAGUACUGGGAGUGCGCCAUCAUGCAAACGUCAAUUACUUUAGAUCAUCAGGUGGGCACAUGCAAAAUGGGACCAGAUAGUGACCCAACAGCUGUUGUUUCUCCCAGAUUACUCGUACGAGGUAUCCAAAGACUUCGUAUUGUAGAUGCAUCCAUCAUGCCACGGAUCCCUGCUGCACAUACACAUGCCCCAGUUGUUAUGAUCUCUGAAAAAGCUUCUGACCUAAUCAAGGAAGACUGGAAUAAACUU